AUGGAUAACGAAUUUGAGAGGAAACCUCGACUAGGAAAACAAUUUAAUACUUGGGAAGAGGCAAGGGAUUUUUGGAAUGAUUAUGGUGGAAAAAUUGGAUUUAAUGUUAGAACAGAAUACUUGAACAAAAGCAAAGAUGGAAUGGUUUUGUCUGGAAGAUUUGUGUGUAGUAAAGAAGGUUUUCGUAAACCAGAUAAAAGAGACUGCUUAACAACUAAUCAUCGGCUUGAAACAAGAACUGGAUGCCCUGUAAAGAUGGGAAUCAAAUACAUAAAAGAUAUUGGAAAGUAUCAAAUUCAUGAUUUGUUUGAUGAGCAUAAUCAUCAACUGCACCUUCCUGAGACGACUCACAUGCUUGCAUCUCAACGAAAAUUAUCUGAAAUUCAAGCACAUGAGAUUGACUUGGCAGAUGAUGCAGGAAUCAAGCAAAGGUCUUUAUUUGAGCUAAUGAGUAGGCAAGUUGGUGGUAGAGAGAACCUUGGUUACACACGCGUGGAUCAAAAGAAUUAUCUUCGCAACAAGAGGAAGAGAAACAUGGCAUACGGGGAGGCUGGCAGUAUAUUACACCACUUUCAACAAAAGUGUGUAGAAAAUCCAUCAUUUUAUCAUGGAGUCCAAUUAGAUGUUGAAGAACAAAUAACAAAUAUUUUUUGGGCUGAUGCAAGAAUGAUAAUGGAUUAUGAAUACUUUGGUGAUGUAGUCACUUUUGAUACUACAUAUAGUACUAACAAUGCAUAUAGACCUUUGGCUGUAUUUGCAGGAUUUAAUCACUUUAAAAGAGUGGUGAUUUUUGGUGCUGCGCUUCUUUACGAUGAAACUUCAGCAUCUUUUGAAUGGCUGUUUAGAGAAUUCUUGAAGGCGCAUAAGAAUAAGAAGCCUCAAACUCUUUUCACAGAUCAAGACCCAGCAAUGGCUAAAGCUUUGCAUGAGGUAAUGCCUGAAACAUACCAUGGUCUAUGUUCUUGGCAUUUGAUGCAAAAUGGCAUAAAACAUCUUGGGGCUAGAAUGAAUAAUGGUUCUAAUUUGUUGAGAGACCUUAAGUUUUGCAUGUACAAAUAUGUAGAAAAAGAUGAUUUUGAAAUAGCAUGGGAUAAAUUGGUUGAUGAUUAUGAUCUUCAAAAAAGUGGGUGGAUAACAAGUUUGUAUAAAAUAAAAGAGAAGUGGGCUAAAUGUUAUAUGAAGAAUGCUGUGACUAUUGGCAUGCGAAGUACACAACUUAGUGAAAGCUUCAAUGCAGAUUUGAAAUCUUGCUUGAAACCAGACUUGGACAUCAUCCAAUUUUUCAAACACUUUGAUAGAGUGGUCAAUGACAAAAGGUAUAAUGAGUUGCAAUGUGAAUUUGAGUCUAGGCAAAAAUUACCAAGGUUGAAGAUGGAGCAUUCACCUUUACUGCAACAAGCUGCACAAACAUAUACAUUACCUAUGUUUGAUCUUUUUCAAAAAGAAUAUGACAAAUACUCUGCAGCUUACAUAAAAAAAUUAAAAGAAGGUGAAACUACUUAUGAAUAUUUUAUUGGUAUGCAUAAGGAGGAUGAAGAGUUCAAAGUUUUGUUUGAUCCUUCCAUUGACAUGAUUUCGUGCAGCUGUAAAAUUUUUGAAAGUUUUGGCAUUUUGUGUUGUCAUGCAAUCAAGGUUCUUGAUGUGAAAGAUAUCAAAUCAAUCCCUAACCAAUAUAUUUUGAAAAGGUGGACAAGGGAAGCAAAGAUUGGAUGUGUUAAAGAUACACAUGGAAGAAAUGUCCAAGAAGAUGUUAAUCUUGAUAGCGCACAAUGGUAUAGAGAGGUUUGUCCUAAAUUAGUGAGAAUAGCUACAAGCGCGUCUGAUUGUAAGGAAGCACGUAUCUUUGUAGAGAAUGCUAUUAGGGAGUUGAGUAAGCAAGUUUAUGACAUUUGCGGUAAGAACUUGAAAUAUCAAACUUCUCCAAAUAAACUGUCUCCAAUUCUUUCUGGCAUUUCACAAAUUCAGAAACAGUACUAUUCAAUAAACAAUAUUGAAUUAUAA